CCAUUCCUUCUUCAGAAUGCCAGAGGGCCCAGAGCUGCACCUGGCCAGCCACUUUGUAAAUGAGACAUGUAAGGGGCUGGUAUUUGGCGGGUGUGUAGAGAAGUCCUCUGUCAGCCGCAACCCUGAGGUGCCCUUUGAGAGCAGUGCCUACCACAUCUCAGCCUUAGCCCGAGGCAAGGAGCUUCGCCUGACCUUGAGUCCCCUGCCUGGUGCCCAGCCUCCUCAGAAGCCACUGUCCCUUGUCUUCCGCUUUGGUAUGACUGGAUCCUUCCAGCUGGCACCUGCAGAUGCAUUGCCGCUCCAUGCCCAUCUACGUUUUUACACGGCCCCACCUGCCCCGAGGCUUGCCCUUUGCUUCGUGGACAUCCGCCGAUUUGGACACUGGGACCCUGGGGGUGAAUGGCAGCCAGGCCGUGGACCCUGUGUCUUGCUGGAGUAUGAACGGUUCAGGGACAACGUACUUCGGAACCUAUCAGACAAAGCCUUUGACCGGCCCAUCUGCGAAGCCUUGUUGGACCAGAGAUUCUUCAAUGGCAUUGGCAACUAUCUGCGGGCAGAGAUCUUGUACCGGUCAGCAGGAAGGCUGCUGAAGAUGCCCCCUUUUGAGAAGGCCCGUACAGUUCUAGAGUCCCUGCAACAGUGCCGGCCGAACCCAGAGCUGACCCUGAGCCAGAAGAUCAAGGCCAAACUUCAGAACCCAGACCUGCUGGAACUGUGUCACUUGGUGCCAAAGGAAGUGGUUCAGCUGGGGGGCAAAGGCUAUGGACCAGAGCGUGGAGAAGAGGAUUUUGCUGCCUUUCGAGCUUGGCUGCGGUGCUAUGGCAUGCCAGGCAUGAGUUCCCUGCGAGACCGGCAUGGUCGUACCAUCUGGUUCCAGGGUGAUCCCGGGCCCUUGGCACCCAAAGGGGGCAGAUCCCGGAAGAGGAAACCAAAGGGGACACAGCUGGGGCCUGAGGACAGAAAAGAGGACCUUCUGCUUUCAAGGAAGUCCAUUUCCAGGACGCGGAGGCCCAAGAAACACCCUAAGACUAUAGCUCAACAGUCUGCAGGGACCAGCCUCCAACAAAACCAGGGAACCCCUACACCCCCCAAGAAAGGAAAGAGAGGGGGGCGACCGGCCACCACAGGUCACCGCAGACCCCCAAAGAGUAAGGCCAAUACCCAAUCCAGGGAGACUGGGGGAACUUCAGCCUCAUAGAUGGAGGUUUCCUUGCUUGGAUUCUCUUCCCUGCUGCCUUGCUAUGAAUCUAGGGCAUGUCUGAAUCCCUGGAAGCAAUGUGCCCUAGCCCCCGUGACUUUUCCUAUACAACUGUUUUUUGAAGCAGGGUCUCAAGGCUGGCCUUGAGCACAUGUGUACCUAAGGAUGACAAUGAACUCCUGAUUGACCUUCCU